CUUCACAUUUAACACAAACGAAAUAGAAUACCAUUAUACAGUGUUUAAAUUCAAAAUGAUACUGACCUUGGUUUUCCCGGUUAUGUUACUACUGCCGAUGACUUUCGGCUAUAACUACUGUCACAACAAUACCCAUGUGUGCAACCUGUCCAAGAGAAAGCACUUUAUGUGCCGAUUGGACAAGGAUCUUCCUUCCUUCGGCAACCACACGACAUACCACGCCAUGGUUCCGGACACCUCCAAACUGCAUCUGAAAACGCUGGGCAUACUAAACACCUUCCGGAACACGUUCGCCAGCGGGGAUCUCAUCACGAACAACAACAAGACGUUUGCGACUGCCAGGCGGAUGCGCAGACUCAUUUGGGACAAUGAGCUGGCUUACAUGGCCAGGACACAUGCCUCCACCGUGUCCUUCAAACACUCCGAGUGCCGGUCCACCCUCCGAUUCCCGAUGGCUGGUGAGUGCCUGGCUCUCUUGCCUCCUUCCAAACAGAAGAUCGGUCUGGUGGAGCUAUUGACCAAAGCGUUUACACCGAUGUUCGACGAGUAUAAGGACGUUGAGGAUCCGGAUAGACUCCGAGUUGGCUACGACCCCUCCAAGGACUACUUCGUGGGUCACUUCACUACCAUCAUUAGUGAUCGGGUUUCUCGGGUGGGCUGUGGUAUUGCCGUGGGUUCCAAUUGCCACGUGAACAAUGAUGUCGGCUUAUGCCACUUCCUGACCUGCCACUUCGAUUUCACCAACUUGGAGAACUCCUAUGUCUAUAAGGCUGGAAAGCCCGCCAGUUCAUGCUUUGACUGGAAAACUGUUUCCAGCACUAAGUAUGCCUUUCUGUGCUCUAACAACGGCGGUAUUUUUUCCUAAGAUUAGGGUGAUAAUGGGGGAACCCAUUGACGUUCUUAAUAAGUUUCUCUAAAAUUCCCACGAUCAAUUUACAAUUUUUACUGCUCUUGUUUACCUUAGAUUUAUAAGUCAUUU